AUUCAUAUGUAGUCAGCAGCGAUUCGUCUCGUUAUUCUUAGUGGAUAUAGCCUAUGACAAGAGAAACCACUUACGAGAGGGAUUCAUUACAAAUUACGGUCAUCAACGGAGGAGACAUACGUGGACACUAGAUCAGUUUGAUCAGAACAGGACAUCCUGGGGGUUUAGAGUCUCAAGAUUAAACGAGAUCUAUUUCCAUUCCCUAACACUUCUAACAGCUCAAACCAGUGCCAAACGGGAACUUACUGGUUAUUGAAAACAGAUCGUGAGGGCGAUUAUUUUAUUUAGAGAGAUACAUGUAAAUACAGGAGCAACGGAGAGAAACCUGUAUUGCAGGAGCCAGAGAAGAUCGCUAAAAGUCUGUCCUUAACAAGCGAGAGAGAGAGGUUUUCAACUAACGGAGAGCUGCAUUGAAAUUUGGAAGUGGGGUUACACUACCAGGUCUCCUCAUACUGGAAAGCUAGUUGUCUGGCUGGAAACCACCUCGCCUCGGACGCGCUGGGGGAAUAGAUUCCUGACAUGAGCGACUAACACAAUCGACAAACAACAACACACCGGCGGAUAAACCGCACUGAUCCCUGCGAGCGACCACCUGUUUCCAGCGCAGACCAAACGGUGGUGUGAAGUUUGAGAACUAUUCCACAUACAGACCGCCCCCACCUUACCAUGCCUUUGUCCUUCAGUUCAUCUCGCCUUUUCCCCUUCUCCUUCAUUUCCUUGAUCCUCCCCGUCCUCCUCCUGUCUUUCUCCAUCCCUUCUCAAGCUGACUCCCAAGAUGUAGCCCAGUCUACCUCCAACUGUUCUUAUAAUGUCGUGUGUGCAGAGGGGGUCCUUUUACCAGUGUGGAAUCCCCAGAAUCCCUCAGUUGGUGACAAAGUGGCCCGUGCCAUUGUGUACCUAGUGGCACUAGUCUACAUGUUCUUAGGUAUGUCAAUAAUUGCUGACCGCUUCAUGACUGCCAUCGAAGUUAUAACUUCUCAAGAAAAGGAGAUCACUACAAAGAGACCCAAUGGUGAAACGGUCACCACGACAGUUCGCAUAUGGAAUGAGACUGUCUCCAAUCUGACCCUCAUGGCUCUGGGUUCCUCAGCGCCUGAGAUUUUGCUUUCAGUCAUUGAGGUCUGUGGGCACAAUUUUGAGGCUGGUACUCUUGGUCCCAACACCAUCGUGGGAAGUGCCGCCUUCAACAUGUUUGUGAUCAUUAGCAUCUGUGUCUAUGUGGUACCUGAAGGUGAAAGACGGAAGGUCAAACAUCUUCGGGUGUUUUUUGUGACUGCGGCAUGGAGCAUAUUUGCCUACAUCUGGCUCUAUCUUAUCCUCUCUGUGUUCUCGCCUGGUGAGGUGGAAGUGUGGGAAGCAGUGCUGACAUUCCUCUUCUUCCCUCUCUGCGUGGUCCAGGCCUGGAUUGCUGAUCGACAAUUGCUCUUUUACAAGUAUGCUCACAAACGGUACCGAACAGAUAAGGGCCGUGGAAUUAUUGUGUCCGAGGGCGGUGAGGAGGUUGGGAAGGAGGUGGGAUUCACAAAGAUGGACAUGCUGGAAAUUGAUGGAAUCACAACACAUCUGGAUGGAAUGUUGGGAGGGGAAAGUGGGCUUGGUGGACGUGAUCAAGAGGAGGGGGCCAGGAGAGAAAUGGCCAAAACUCUGAAAGAACUGAAGCAAAGACAUCCUGACAAAGACAUGGAGCAGCUCAUAGAGAUGGCCAACUAUCAGGUUCUAAUACAGCAGCAGAAGAGCAGAGCUUUCUACCGCAUUCAGGCGACAAGGAUGAUGAUUGGUGCUGGGAACAUCUUGAAGAAACACGCAGCGGAUCAGGCACGUAAAGUGGUCAGCAGUGGGGAACCUCGGGAGCAAGAGGAUGACCCUCUUGUUACAAGAAUAGACUUUGAACCUGCCCUCUACCAGUGCUUUGAGAACUGUGGGUCCUUAAAACUUACUGUGCAAAGGCAUGGAGGAGAUGCUGGGUGUACUAUUAAGGUGGACUACCACACAGAAGAUGGCACAGCCAAUGCCGGUUCUGACUACGAAUUUGCUGAGGGCACACUCGUAUUCAAACCUGGCGAGAACAUUAAAGAGAUCACCGUCGGCAUUAUUGAUGAUGACAUCUUUGAGGAAGAUGAAUACUUCUAUGUCUGCCUGAGCAAUCCCCGUAUAGUCGGGUGGGCUGAUGGACAUCCUAUUACUUUGGAGACUGGAGCACCUGCUCCAAGCGCAGCCCUUGGUGAGGCCCACACAGCGACUGUGACAAUCUACGAUGACGACCACGCAGGAAUUUUCACAUUCGAAAGCGAAUCGGUGCGAGUUAGUGAAAGCAUCGGCAUCAUGCAGGUUAAGGUCCUGAGGACAUCAGGAGCACGUGGUCUGGUGGCGGUACCGUACCAUACAGUGGAUGCGACAGCUUGCGGAGGGGAAGACUUUGAGGAAGUGUCUGGAAAACUGGAGUUCCAGAACGACGAGACAAUGAAAACAAUCGAGGUGAAGAUUAUAGAUGAUGAAGAAUAUGAAAAGAACAAGACCUUCAGCAUUGAGUUAGGAGAGCCAGUGCUACUAGAGAUUGGACAGAAACAUGGAGACUCUAAUGAGAAUAAGCCAGAGGAAGAGGAAGUAGCUAAAAUGGGAUGUCCUAGUCUGGGAGAACAUACCAGAUUGGAUGUGGUGAUUGAAGAGUCUUACGAAUUUAAGAGUACAGUGGAUAAGCUCAUUAAGAAGACUAACCUGGCUCUGGUAGUCGGCAGCAGUAGCUGGAGAGAGCAGUUUGUUAGUGCUGUGACUGUGAGUGCAGCCCCUUGUAUCAAAGCAUACAGUUGUAAUUACUGUGGAAAUGCAUUUAUGCCACCUCUGAGCAGCAUUAAAUUCUUGACGGCGGUCACAGGCGAUCUUGCCUCCCACUUUGGGUGCACUAUUGGCCUGAAGGAUUCAGUCACCGCCGUGGUCUUUGUUGCCCUGGGGACGUCUAUCCCAGACACUUUUGCCAGUAAGGUCGCUGCCAUCCAAGACCAGUAUGCAGACGCAUCCAUUGGUAAUGUGACGGGCAGCAAUGCUGUCAAUGUUUUCCUGGGCAUCGGUGUGGCGUGGACCAUAGCUGCUGUAUACUGGCGUACCAAGGGCAAACCUUUCCACGUUGAUCCAGGUUCUCUAGCCUUCUCUGUCACACUCUUCACUGCUUUGGCUGUGGUGUGUGUCAGCGUGCUGUUGUAUCGCCGGCGCCCCUCAGUGGCUGGAGGAGAGCUUGGCGGUCCACGGACUUGCAAGAUAUUGACGUCCUUAUUUUUCAUCUCCCUCUGGCUGAUCUACAUCCUGUUGGCCUCACUGGAAGCGUACUGCCACAUCACUGGAUUCUGAGGCAGCGAGGCCUCAUAUUCUUUCAGCUUAAAGAGGAAUAUAAAAAAUGGCCAGUGAAGGAACAUUUGUUUUGUAUUAAUUAGAUAUUUAU